AGCGGAACGGAUGAAAAGCAGAAAAGAUGAAUUCUAGUGUGCUGCCUUGGACAGACUGAGACACUGUAAUGCGAAAAGAGAAUGUAUCUGCCAUCAGCCCUUCUCCUUCUUUGGCUCCCAGGUUGUUUCUCCGACGGAGAAGUAUGGGGCCCUAAACAAGUGAACUAUAAAGAGCAUAGUUUGGGGAUCAUACAGUGUCAAUAUAACCCAGGAUGGGAGAAUUACCUGAAGUGGUGGUGCCGAGGAGCUAGCUGGAGUGAUUGUAAAAUUCUUGUUAAAACCACAGAAUCAAUGGAAACAAAUGACCAUGUGUCCAUCCGGGACAAUGCCACAGCACGCAUAUUCACAGUGACAAUAAAAAACAUCAGGAAAACAGAUGAAGAUGUUUAUUGGUGUGGGAUUGAGAAGAUAGGAAGUGACUAUGGACACCAGAUUACAGUGACUGUUUUCUCAGCAACAACCACAGGGAGGACCACCACAGGGAAGACAACCACCAAUACCAGAACCAGAACUACAACUAUGUCAACAAGCACAGGAAACCUCACAGGAAUGGUAAACAAAUAUUCUUAUGAAAGGUUUGAAAUCACAGACCUCCAAGUCCUGCUGCCCAUCAUCUUUGGCAUCUUAUUGGUAAUGUUGGUGGGGGUCUCAAUUCUGGCUUGGAGAAUGAGGCGGAAACACAGGAAAGAAGCUGAAAAACUUGCUGAGCAGACCACACAGGUACCUCAGCAGACAGAGGAAGGCAUUUGCUAUGCAAAUCUGACCCUGCAUCCAGAAAGGACGUCCAGAGACUCCCCUCUAUAUUCUCCAGAAACAAAGGCUUCUCUCCAAGCCUCCUCCAGAAUCAAUAGCAUCCACAGCGAAGUAGAUUAUGUUACUAUGGCUUCUCUCAAAAUUGAGGAUAUAUCCCUAUCUCUGGAUACCCCAGACCAGAGUCCAAUAUACAGCAACAUGGAACAUCCCCUGAAAAAUCCUAGUGAGAACACUAAAUAUAGCUUGUAAAAGAAGACUUAGUUUCUUCCCUAGUACCUUCUUCUCAGACUUUAGCUCUGACUUGACUUGCUUCCUACUUCCUCCUUUUCCUCCUCCUUUUCCUGAUCCCCUCCUCCUUUUCCUCCUUCACCUUCUUCUUCUUCCAAGGAAAUGUAUUCUGGCCUCUGGCUAAAGAACAUGCCUAACCAGAGGAUUCUAAUUGGCCUUGGGUGGUGAAACAGAAGGAGCUGCCCACUUGGUAAGCUUAAAAGAAAAAACAAUUUCCAUUCAUUCCCUCGCUUCCUCUUUUUUGGAGCAUGUCAUUUGGGACCAAGAAAGCCCCUCUCUGACUUUUUUUUUUUUGGUGAGGCAAUUGGGGUUAAGUGGCUUGCCCAGCGUC